AUGUCGGAAGUUUCAACAGGCAGAUCAUCUUUUGAAAGAACACCUGAUAUUUAUAUAAAACUUGCAAAACAAUAUAUAGAUAAAGGUCCAAUAAAACGACCAACUGCCAAAGAAGUCUAUGAAAAAUCACAAGAAUGGGAAAUAAUUCUUAAUAAGGAACAAGGAUUAAAUUAA